GCAAAGCCGCUUGUCUGUAUUCAGUCGCGAAAAAAGGGUCUUAUUGCCGCUAAAAUGUCGGUGACUCUAACCAAAUAUUGCAAUUCCGGUGGCGGAUUAGUGGACUUACAGCCAGGUGUGGUUUUAAAACCAAUAACCAUAGAUCCCCAACAACUAGACACGAAACACAUCGUUGGAAAUCCCCAGAUUGAGGCUCGAAAUGCCACUAUAAGAGUGGCCUCGGGCGGCAUUGUUCUCAAUAAAAUACCAGCUGUCAUAAGGCCCAGCAUGAAGAGAGCAGCAACGGCUACUACGAUCGGGGCUACGGGAGCUGCUUCAAUAACAACUGAAGCAGCAUCCCUCCCAAAGGCACCAAAAUAUGUGAUCCAGGCCACUGGAUCUCCCGCCCUGCAGUGGCAGGGAAGGCGAGACUCCCAAGGUCUCGGCGUAGCCAAUUCACUGCCGCCCAACACUAUUAUUAAGGCAACAACGCGGGAAGCGCUUGUGCCACCGAUAGGUGUCUCCACACCAACCUCUACGACUGCAUCGCCACCAUCUACGCCGAGUACCAGCCGAACAACAUCUGUUGUAAGCACACCAACAGUGUCGGCGGCCUCCAGAGUCUCCUCUUCGGUGCGUCAAGCUGUUUUCAUUAAGAGGAAUCUACCGCUGCCGCAGCGGAGCAUGCGUAGUCUCACCCUAAGCAUGAUGGAGCAGUCCACCAUGCUCCAUUUGGGCGUUGCCGGGGAGCACUUGCCGUUGCUAAAGCGCCUCAUUUGUCGGACUGCCAAUAUCGCGCAUCUUGACUGCUUCAUAACCCUAAGGAAACUGCGUCAAAACGCCUUUGCCUUGCUGGCGCAGUCCUUCGAGCUGAGCGAAUUGGAUACGGAGGAGUUAUUCAAACGCACCCUCAUUAAGCUGGCCCGGUGCCUGGCUCCGUUGAUCCGCUGGCCAGAUGUCCGACACCAUCAUGAGCGGCUCAAGCACACACCGCUGGAAUACCGCGCAAAUCUGCUACACUUGCGCUCGAUGAUCGAGUGUGUGGAAACGGAUGUGGCCGAGCAUCUACGAUGGGACAGUUCUAGCAGUUACAAGUUUAUACUGUGCUGCGAUACGAAUGGUGUCAUCAGUUACGUUUCCAGCGCUUAUCCCGGCCGUUGUGAUGAUCUUCAGCUGUUCGAGGCCAGUAAGUUUCGCGAAAUCAUACCCAAGUACCUGACGUUGUGGCCGAGCCAGGCAAAGGUGUGCCGCGUGUCCGAAGACAGUACCAGAUUCUGAUUCGGGGGAUGAGCUUGACUUCAACCGCCAGUGGAAGAACCAAAGCCAUCUCUUAGCAAGUUUGAGGCACAGCAAUUGGGCGGAAAGCUGGCGAAUCAGCAAUCCCUUAGCGUAGUGGAUGGGGCUCUCACCUCGAAACGGGCUCCCUCUAUACAACUACCCACACUGAGGGUCCAAGAGCAGACGUGCCGGGCCCAAAUGCGGGAUAUGAUUGAAUUUCGGGAAUUCCGAAUACUCGGUCAUUCGGCCAUUCAGAAAAAAUCGCUGCUGGGCUAUCUCGAUGAAAUGAUAAUUGUGGCAGCUGCUCUCUCCAACCUGAAGCGACAGGAGCUGUACUCUUAGGUUAAAGAACACUUGAAUUUAAUGGUAGGUUCUCUUUAAAAGUUAACUAGUUGAUAAUUUCACCAGACUUAACAUAUAUUUUGAUACUAUAAAGUAAGUAAGAUGUUGAUUGGAAUAAAAACA